AUGGUAGGGAGUGUGGUGCCGACUGGGCCAGGCCAUAUCCAGGCUGGAGAUGGCAACAGAUGGGGGCCGGCCUCAUCUCUGCUCGGGGCUCACAAUGAGAUUCAUGACCUCGGAACCACUCCUCAAGAAGAUAUGGGUGGCCGAGCCAGCUUUGAUGGGGUCAACAUAUACAUCGGCUCAUCAGCAGGCACCAUCAACCAUGGCCUGUUUUGUGUGUACCAAUGUGCCCUCAAUCCUGAUGGAUCAUUGAAGGAUGCAUCCGAGAUAACAUGGCAUCAUGAUCCUGAUGAUGAGACACCCAUUGCAUCUGAGAUAACUAAUAUUGAGAGUUGUGGGAAACAAAAUCCUAUAUACCUCUUUUAUGAGCAAGUUGACAUCAACAAGGAUGGUGAGGCAGGAGAACCUGGGGAUAAGCAUUACAAGUGCUACCAUGGGAAUCACCAAGUCUUGACGCUCUCAAAAGCAAUGAACUGUAGCUUAAAUGGCUCUAACACCCAUUUCCUACUUCACCAGCUUUUCCUCUACAUGAAACUGUGGACUGAACACCCUCUGACCUCAGAGGAGAUCCAGUUUGCCUUGGGACAAAAGCCAUUCAAUUCUUCCAUCCAUGCUGAAUACCUUCAAAAGCUCAAUGCACAAACAUCUGGUAUUAAAGAAGUGUUUGCUAAACAGAAAGCCAAUGCAGCUGAGCCUUGGGAUCAAGCAAAGUUUGAAAAGCUGCUCAUUGACUGGAUCAUUGCAUGCAAUCAACCAUUCAAUGAGGUUGAGAAACCUGAGUUUGUUUCAAUGAUGGAGUAUAAUCAGGAUCUUACCAAGUUCUCACUUCCAAAAAAGGAUGGUAUUUGUCACCUCUCCCUCAAUGCUUGGACAGCCAGUAAUGGUUAUGCAUUUCUGGCAAAUAUUGAGGUCUUUACCAUCCCCCAUGAGUUCCAGCGGAUUCCAAGUGGAAUGUUGGAAUUCCAUGGAAUUCUGACGGAAACCAGUUGGCUGGAGCCUCAGCCAUUCUGGUUUCCAAUUCCAUGGAAAUUCCAAUGGAAUCCGUCGGAAUCCAGUGGAAAUGGUUGGAAUCCAGGAGCCUCCCGGAACAGUUUCCAUUGGAAUCCAUUGGAAUUCCAACCAGAUUCCAUGGAAUUCCCAUGGACAGUACAUUUAAUAUAUUCCAGUCAAAUUCCAACAGAUUCCGAGACAUUCCAAUGA